AGCAUUUUAUGUGGGUGGAAAGGGGUGGACACCAACGGUCUCCUUAUCCUCUCUGAAUCUGAACUUCUCUUUCUAAGCAACACAAAGGAAAAGUAAAAGAGAAAAAGAGCUUCCCUCCAAUAACACAAUCCAACCUUAGUUCAAAGCAAUGGCAGAGGUAAUCAUGGGUUUCACAAUGCCCAAACCACAUAUUCACAACCCUCCUACUUUCCAAACAAUCAAGAUGGAGAUGAACCAGUUUCCCAAAUCGCUGAGGAAGUGCUCAUUCUCUAGGUGGAACACUUGCUGGCUUCAGGGAGAAGGCAAAAGGAGCAAAAGAGGAUCUUUGUUGAAGGCAAAUGCAUUACCAGACUGGCCUCUUAUAGCAGUUCUAGUACAGCAUAUUGAAGGUCAAAGAGAUUACAUUGUCCAUAAGACUGUUUGGCAUCUCAAUGAUGAAACUUUAAAGAAUGUUUAUACCAUGUACAUCAUGUUCACUUGUUGGGGAUGCUGUUUCUUUGGAGCCAUGAAAGAUCCAUAUUAUGAUGGGGAACAAUAUAGGAAAGAUGGGGGAGAUGGAACAGGGCACUGGGUCUAUGAGAAGCAAGAAGAUAUAGAAGAGAAGGCAAGAGCAGAGUUGUGGCGGGAGGAGCUGAUAGAGGAGAUUGAGCAGAAGGUAGGAGGGUUGAGAGAAUUGGAAGAGGCUGGUAAGAAGAAAGAGGAGGAGCUUGUUUAAGUGAAUAUGGCUUUUAUGGCACCACCAUGUCUUCCAUGCCUAGGCUCCUUCAUCAUCUCAAAAAUAUUAUAUUUGUGAGAGGGAGAACCAUAUCUUUUGUAUAUAUUCUCCUAUUUAUGCACUCUUCUACCAUUUUAUCCUGCUACAUUGCUUACAAAUAAAAAAUAAAAAGAAUCAUUCAUGUAAA